AUGGAUGUCAACGAUUUUGAUAAGUUAGAGAAAAUUGGAGAAGGUACAUAUGGUGUUGUUUAUAAGGCAAUUGACACAAAACACAACAACAGGAUUGUUGCCUUAAAGAAGAUCCGUCUAGAAUCUGAAGACGAAGGUAUUCCUUCGACGACUAUCAGAGAGAUCUCCUUGUUGAAGGAACUUAGAGAUCCAAAUAUUGUGGGGCUAUUUGAUAUUGUCCAUUCCAACUCAAAUAAAAUUUAUUUGGUCUUUGAAUUCUUAGAUAUGGACUUAAAGAAGUAUAUGGAGUCAAUACCUGAAGGUCACGGGAUGAAUAGGCAUAUGGUGAAGAAGUUCAUGAUUCAAUUAGUGAAAGGAAUCUAUUACUGUCAUUCUCAUCGUGUCUUACAUAGAGACUUGAAACCGCAAAAUCUUCUAAUUGAUAAAGAAGGUAGUCUGAAAGUUGCAGAUUUUGGUCUAGCAAGAGCGUUUGGUGUCCCCUUGAGAGCGUACACACAUGAAGUUGUUACACUGUGGUAUAGAGCGCCAGAGAUUCUUUUAGGUGGUAAGCAAUAUUCAACUGGUGUUGAUAUGUGGUCAAUUGGUUGUAUAUUUGCAGAGAUGGCACAACGGAAACCACUAUUUUCUGGUGACUCUGAAAUUGAUCAAAUUUUCAAGAUUUUCAAAGUUCUCGGUACCCCAACAAAGGAGAUGUGGCCUGAAGUUGAAUGCAUGAGUGACUAUAAGAAAACAUUUCCUAAAUGGAAAAAGCAAAAUCUUGCUUCGAUCGUCACCAAACUUGAUGCCAAUGGCAUUGAUUUGCUAGAACAAUUAUUGGCCUACGAUCCAGCAAUUAGAAUUAGUGCUAAAAGGGCCCUGGCCCAUGAUUAUUUCAAAAUAGAUCCCGAAUCGUAUCAUCAAAUGGAUUACCCCCAACAAUCUACUAUGCAGGUUGAUACAUCGACUUUGUAUGCAUAA